AUAUGGUAUUCAAGGAGAUGAUACAUUAAAUGAAGCAUUCCUACCCUUGCUGGAAGCCAAAACAGUAGCAGAACUUAGAACAGCAAUAAGAAAAGCCCUGACAUUCAUUCUUCCUCAAGUGACAAAAGCAAAUGUAUACCUGCGGAGUCCUGAGACAACUCGAGUAGAAACUAACGGUAGAAAAUCACUUCCAGCAAAAGGACUAGCAUGGAAAGCAUACCAGCAGCGACAGCAACUCGUCCAGCCCAUUUCCUCGCCUCAAGACCCUGUGAUCACGGCACUAGCCCUUGAUGAAGACAUUCAGCAGAGCCAGCUCGUGUUAUGUCUACCAAUUCAAGAUAGAGAAGACAAUGAAAAUAUAGGUUUAAUUGUGGCAUCCUUACCGUCAGGUAAAACUUCCUGCUCCGCAACAGAAGAAGGAAACCUCACAUAUCUAGCAAAACAGGUAUCUGUAUGUUAUCAUCUCACCAAAAAAACUCUGUGACAAGGAGAAAGAGCAUUUGUGCAGAUGACACCCACUUUGAAGCCCUCAUCAAUUUGUGCGGAGAACUAUAUGACCAUGAUGCAGCAUCACUUCAACUCAAAGUCAUUAAAUAUUUGGAGCAACGAACACAGGCACAGAAAGCAUUUUUACUCAUUGUUGUCAAAGAAACAAAUGAACUUUUCUGUCAGGUAGUUGGAAACACAAUAUUAGCGGAAGAAAUUCGCUUUCCAGGAGAAACCAGCAGUUUUGCUGUUGCUCUGCAAACCAAGGAGCCAAUAUGCCUGGAGGAUAUUCCACAGGACCGCCGGGCUGGUUUGGAAGAUCACAUAGGUUCGAAACUGGAAUCGUUCCUGUGUGUGCCAGUCAGGAGGAAAAAUUGUGAUGACUUGAUAGCUCUAGCAUGUGUGGCCAACAAAAAAAGAUUCACUAGUGAAGAUGUUUAUGCAAUCCACCAAUGUUUUCAAUACACCGCCACUGUUCUCACCAGCACACUGGCAUUUCAAAAUGAAAGGAAGCUCAAGAUUCAAACUCAAGCACUUUUACAUGUAGCCAAAAAUCUAUUUACCCGCCUAGAUGACCUUACAAAACUACUCAGAGAAAUUAUGCAAGAAGCAAGAAAUCUCACACAUGCAGAAAGGUGUUCUGUGUUCCUUAUUGAUCCUGAAACAGAUGAACUUGUUGCCAAGGUGUUUGAUGGGAUAAGUGCAAAUGACAAAGAGGUACAACAGGAAAUUAGAAUGCCAAAGACGCAAGGGAUAGCAGGACAUGUUGCCACAACUGGUAACCUGCUUAACAUCCCUGAUGCAUACUCCCAUCCAUUGUUCUACAGAGGCAUUGAUGAUUCAACAGGCUUCAAGACCAGGAACAUCCUUUGUUUCCCCAUUAAAGAUGAAGAGGAAAAAGUUCUUGGUGUGGCUCAGCUUUGUAACAAGAAGACUGGUCCCUACUUCACUGUGUUUGAUGAAGAUAUUGCAUCAGCCUUUGCCGUGUAUUGUUGUAUUAGCAUCAGCCAUUCUCUGAUGUACAAUAAAGUGAUUGAUGCUCAAUACCGAAACAGUCUCGCAAAUGAGCUGAUGAUGUUUCACAUGAAGGUAAACCAUGGCGUCAGUUUAGCUGGCUUGCUGACUGACUGUCCCAUAGACCUUGUCUCAUGUACAAGAAAGUUCAAGACGCACAGCACCCGUCACCAUUUUGCACAGAGUAUGUGUAUUGUUAACACAGAGGGAUGCAAUAUCUUUGAACACCUCUCAAGUUCAGACUACCAACAUGUGCUGGACUUGAUGCGAGAUAUCAUCCUGGCGACAGAUCUAGCACAUCACCUCAGAAUACUUGGUGAUCUGGAUAAAAUGGCUGAGAAUGGCUAUGAUAGUACCCAGCCUGAACAGAGAAAUAUGCUCCUGUGUCUGCUAAUGACCUCAUGUGACCUCUCUGAUCAGACAAAAGACUGGAACAACACCAAACACAUAGCUGCCCAAGUGUACCAGGAGUUCUUCUCCCAAGGGGACUUAGAGAAGGCAGUUGGAAAGGACCCAAUAGAAAUGAUGGACAGAGAAAAGGCCUGUAUCCCAGACCUGCAGAUCAACUUCCUUGAUGGCAUUGCAUUGCCAGUCUACAGGAUUCUGGAGAAACUUUUCUCUGAGUGUAAAGAAGUUCAUGAAGCUGUGGAAAAGAACAAACUGAAAUGGGUUCGUAUUGGCCAGCUCCUGAAGAUGCGCCGAGGAACCAGCACCCAGGGUUUAAGCAUGGAACAGAUCCUCACUCUGGAGGAUGACGAGGAAGAGGUUAAUGAGCAGCAUAAUGGCAGAUAGAUCUCAAGCCUCAUUCAUAUCCAGUCCAUAUCCGAACAUAUGUUAUGAAGAAAGACCUCUUUCCUCUUCAUGAAAGUUGUUGGUACAGCAAUGAUUGGGUAGUCUGCAUAGGUGUGUCGACGAUGUGGAGGGACGGAAGUGCUGUGUGUAUGUGUGAUCAGGCAUCUAAUGCUAACAAUCCAUGGGUGAUACUGUGAAGCGUUAUGCUUCCAACUGAUAUUAAUUAGUGCUAUUCAUAUCCUGCCUGUUUCAGUGUGGCUACUGUCAGGGAAGAGGAAGGAGGGUCCGGAUGUCUCUAUGAUACUUCUUAAUUUGCAAAUGUCGAAAAUUUACUAUUUUCCAUUAAUCUGAUAACAUGUAUGCAGACAAGAAUUUGAUAUUUUCUUGCCAGGGCUUCAAUAUUUUUGAGGAUGUUGAAAUGAACCAGAUUAAAAAUCAACAAAAUGAAAAUGAACAUCAUAGAGACCCAAGUCCUACUGUUUACUUCUAGCGCAUUUUUUGUUUCGCGCAACUGUGCCUUGCUGUGCAGGAACUUUCUUGCAUGUUAUCCCAGACUGUUCUCAUCAGGGCAAGAGAUAUGAUCUCAGUAGAAGACUGUCUCACGUCACACUGCCAGACACACUGUGUUGGUUGUACAGUGUCCACCUGACUGGGAGAUCCAUGCAGUGGUAGGAAUCUUUUUUCUGGUGCUUCAAUAGUUCACUGUAACUUGUGAAAUAGAAAGCCUCUAUACAGACAGGAAAGGAAUGAAGUCUUUUUGUUUUCUUUUUUCCAUAGUGUAAUGUACUCAUUAUUAAGUUUGCUGAAAACAGCAUGAAGCAGCUUUCAGAUAAUAUUCCUAGGGUGUACAGUAACAUAUUCUCUCUGCGACAUUGUCAAAUUACCAUUGAAAUGUAUGGUCAUUAUUCUCACUGUACAAGAACCUUGAAAUAUUUUCUAAAGCCGUCAUGAAUAUCAUUUUGAGGACAUUCCCAGUGUACCAUAUGUACAUGGACUCUGCAAAAAUGAAAACAUUUGUAAUCACUUGUAUCGGAUUGCAACAGCUGAAAGUUCCUUAUUUACUUCUGUUUGACUUCAAAGAUAUUUAAGAUACAUAUUCCAGCUGAUGUGUCACUGUGAUACCUUGACUGUUACGAUAUGGAUGGCCUGUGCUAAAUCCAGGCAUUUAUCUUGGUGCUUAGAGUUAUCUCCGUUAUAACAGCAGUUGUUCUCUUGUCCUCAACACAGAAUGAUGGAAUUGAAGUCUAAGGAAGUGAAAACAGGCAACAUGUCUGUUUGUUAGGCUUCAUGGUAUAAGAUGAAGUUGUUUGCUUCAACAAGACUAUUUUGUUAUUGAUGAUGUUAUUUCUUACAAUUCAAAGUUUCCUAGCAUUGUUAGAGUUGUGUUGGUUUUUUAAAUACAUGUCUUUCUCACUGCAUUUCAGCUGAAUGUUGCAUCACAAACCAUUUGGUUAGUCAGUAUUGUAGUGAUGUGUAUCUAUGCUGAUACAGCAUGUCUAAGCUAGCAGUAUCAUUCAUGGUAACCUGCUUCUAGCAAGCAUAUCAGUAUCACGUGGGACAUCAACAGUAGUGAAAGUGUCAGAUCAUUAGUGGAUCGUGUUAUUUCUUGUCAACUAGUCAGCUGUUUUCAAGAAUAUUGGUGAAAGAAACUGAUCUGAUUGAGUUUGUUUAUUUGGCUUGUUUAUAUACAAAACUUUCAUGUAGUUUGCGAUGCAACAUGAACAAAGUACCUGUGCAUUUCAUCAACUUGUUAUGCUAUUUCUGAAGAUUGUUGUACAAAUGUAGAUAUUUAGACAAGGAUGCAUUGUUAGGGUAAACUUGUAACCAUGCAAGCAACUGCAGAAUGUGUGUUUGCCUGUCUUUGCCAAUGAGAUAUUGAUAUUUUAGACAAAUCAAAGAUAUUCUUGUAUAACAAGUCAGAAUACUCGUAGGUGUCAAUGUUCAUCAUCAGCAUCUGAUUAGUAUGUUUUAGUCAGUUAUGAAACCAAGUGGUUUCACCAAUAUAUAUUUUACAUAUCAAUUACUUGCUUGAUGAAAUUGACAGUGAAUUGUGAUUCUGUGUUAGAUAGCUAUUCUAGAUUCUACAUGUGAUUGCUCCAAUUUAAACUAUCCCUAAUUGUUAAAGCCUAGAUAAUUAUUUUUUUUGCUGUGUCUAAGGGUUAGCAGUUGCUAUGACUUCAUUUACUAUUUCUUAGCAAACUGUUAUUUGUCAGUUCUAUUGGAUUCCAAUAUUGUUAACGGUAAUACAUGUUAGUCUAAAAUAAUGGUUAUUUGUGAUCAAUUGCCAGACAGUAAAAUGCUGGUUAUUCUAUAGCCAUCCAUACAGAUAGAACAUGAAAUAUAUGAUCAAGGCAACCUCACCAUUUCAUAAUUUGAAAAAUCAUCUUGUUAAUAGCAGACAUACAAAUAACUUGAUCCAGACAUGACUACAGAUAUCCAUGUCAUGCUUAACAAAACGGGUUUAAUGACAAGAAGAAUCUCCUCCAGAAUCAUUGUCUGGACUGAUCAGCACAAUGAUGUGUAGUCACGAUUUACAAUGCUGUUGUUUCAGUGCUAUGGGAUCAUUUUGAUGUUUAGAAUUAUACACUGCUGUAUGUUCACAUUGUCAUAAUUUCCUUUUUAUAUAUUUGUUACCUUUUAUUAUCUGUGAUACAGCUAUGUUGGAUCCACAAGUCCAUCUGUUUGGAUGAUAUUUGGACAUACAAUUAAAUUUUCAGGACCGGAAUAUUGGGUAGAUUUACAACCACGAUCUCUAAGAUAUAAUAAACCAUAUUCUCUUUCAACAGUCUGAAGUCAAACACAAAGGGCUGGUUCUGAUUUGAUUUGUGAUAGACUCUGAUAUUAUGGUAAUUUGUUAGAAUUACAUCUUGUACAUAUUUUCAAUACAUGUAUAUCAUUAGCACAUUCACCGCUUACAUCAAGUCAAUACCAUUUGUGUUGUGUUCAAAUGUCAUCAGAAGUAAUUCUUACGUAUUUGAGAUGUUCAUGAUAUUAAUCAGAUAUAUGGUGCAUAAUUAUGAUAGCAAAAAUAUCUGUGUGUUAUGCCUCAUCUUAGUUGCAGCAGUAUAUUCUGGCAGCUGCACUUGUAACUCUCAACUACUUCCAGCAGAUACACCUGUAUGACAUUUCUAACAGGGAGAGAUCAAACCGAUACACCUGUAUGACAUUUCUAACAGGGAGAGAUCAAACCGAUACACCUGUAUGACAUUUCUAACAGGGAGAGAUCAAACCGAUACACCUGUACAACAUUUCUAACAGGGAGUGAUCAAACCGAUACACCUGUAUGACAUUUCUAACAGGGAGAGAUCAAACCGAUACACCUGUAUGACAUUUCUAACAGGGAGAGAUCAAACCGAUACACCUGAAUGACAUUUCUAACAGGGAGAGAUCAAACCGAUACUCCUAUACAACAUUUCUAACAGGGAGUGAUCAAACCGAUACACCUGUACAACAUUUCUAACAGGGAGAGAUCAAACCGAUACACCUGUACAACAUUUCUAUCAGGGAGAGAUCAAACCGAUACACCUGUACAACAUUUCUAACAGGGAGAGAUCAAACCGAUACACCUGUGCAACAUUUCUAACAGGGAGAGAUCAAACCGAUACACCUAUACAACAUUUCUAACAGGGAGAGAUCAAACCUAUACACCUGUACAACAUUUCUAACAGGGAGAGAUCAAACUGAUACACCUAUACAACAUUUCUAACAGGGAGAGAUCAAACCGAUACACCUAUACGACAUUUCUAACAGGGAGUGAUCAAACCGAUACACCUGUACGACAUUUCUAACAGGGAGUGAUCAAACCGAUACACCUAUACAACAUUUCUAUCAGGGAGAGAUCAAACCGAUACACCUGUACGACAUUUCUAACAGGGAGAGAUCAAACCGAUACACCUGUACAACAUUUCUAUCAGGGAGAGAUCAAACCGAUACACCUGUGCAACACUUCUAACAGGGAGAGAUCAAACCGAUACACCUGUAUGACAUUUCUAACAGGGAGAGAUCAAACCGAUACACCUGUACAACAUUUCUAUCAGGGAGAGAUCAAACCGAUACACCUGUACGACAUUUCUAACAGGGAGAGAUCAAACCGAUACACCUGUACAACAUUUCUAACAGGGAGAGAUCAAACCGAUACACCUGUAUGACAUUUCUAACAGGGAGAGAUCAAACCGAUACACCUGUACCUAAUGACCACUAUCGUCAGAUACAGAUGUGCUGCAGCCCUUAACCACUUUAGCAGAUAAUGAUCCACCCCAUUACAAUCACCUCAAGCCGAUGCAGCCACAAAAUGUUGUAAUAUUUUGAAGUAAAAUACAUUUUACACCAGGAAAUAGUUUGAGGUCCCUGUAUCCAGUUGUAUAAGGACUGCUCGUGAAGUACGUCUCUGAAAUUCUACACUGGUUUCAGUCCUAUUCUCUAUGAUUGACUUUGUAAUUUUUCCAUUCCAACUUCGUCUUGCUUUUCAAAAACCUGAGUGCUGACUCUGUUAUCAUAUCAUGUGGGAUCAUGCCGGCUAUCCAGCUUCACACAAGGGUAUCAGGAGUCCCAGUUUAUCAGUAUACAGUAUUUGGAGGUAAACAACUAAACCAAUAAGGUCGGCAUGCAGCUCUCAUAGGCUCAUCUAUAAAAUGCUGGUUGUUUUCUCAGAAAUAUUCCAAGUAUUUGAUCUGUUAAAGACACAAUUCACCAUGUGUAAAAUGCUUAAUUUCUUAUACAAUCAAAAUGUUUCAAUAAAAUGUGGAUACAGUUGUGUUGAAAUAGACAAAGAAUCUGUUCUAACACCAAAAAUAUGACUUGAUUAACAGUGACAGUUUGUUUUUAAUAGGCGCCAAGUAUUUAACAGAAGCAUGUGGAAGAUAAGUGUCUUCCUGUUUCUGAGUUUGGCAAUAUAGCAUUCACUUGUGAUCUAAGGUCCAUGUUUGAUUCCAAUGGUUCUGGUUCUUCAAGCUAACCCCACCACUAAAUAUUGCUGGAAUAUUGCUAAAUAUGGAUUAAAUCACAUCUUACUGGCUCAUUCCUGCUGGAUUAAAUACUACGUUUGACUCCAUUAGAAGAUGUAACUGCCCAUCAUAUCAUGUCACUGUUGAGUUCAUUUGCUCAACUUGAGAGGACAACCAUGCUACAGACCAGCUAGAUAACACAUUUUACUAUAAAUACAAACAAUGUAUCCCAUAUAAUAUGAGCACCAGUCUAGUGACACUGUCAUGCUCAGGGAUCUGUAAUGAAAUCCCUCACAAAGCUCAUUACACAUCAUUACGAAUUUGUGUACAGAUUUCCGUGAAGGGCCCUCACUGAUUAUAGUCAUGAAUAUAUCUGUUGAAACACAUACCAUGAAGUAAUACCUGCAAUAUUGACAAUAUACAAUCAUAUAAGUCUCAUGUGUAUCAAACAAUACCUUUUCAAAUGGAAAGUUUAUUACAAUCAUUACUCCAACCACUGUUUUUGACAUAUGAUCAUUGUGUUCAGUAAGCAUAUCCUAUUAUUGUUUUUCCCUGUUGUUGAGUUUUUCUUUUAACCUCUAACUAAUUUUAGAUUAUUUUCUCUGUUCGGGUAAUCAUUACAACAAUAAGUUCCAUGUGUUUUCAUUGUACAAAUUUUAUGUCCAGACUAUAGUAAGCAAUGUGUAUUGGCUUACAGCCAUUCUUUACAUGGCUUGAUCGUUUUAUUUUCAGGGAUUGUUUUAGGAUUGGAAAAUAAAAUGCAAAACUCCCAGUUUCUUGUUUAGAUAUGUGCAGAUUGUAUAAUGAGAUGUCUUAAUAAUGUAGGCAUCAGUUGUUUUAAACUUGUUCUUUAAUAAACUUUUUGCUGAUAAGGGA